AUUUCGAGAGGGAAGGAGGAGGAGUUAAGACUAGAAGAAAAAAUUGAGUGCCAGGGCAGAGACUCUUGCCUGCCUUGUUCACCGUGGGAUCUUCAGCACCUAGUGCAGUGGUGGGCAUAUGGGAAAUUAAAGAGGGUGCUUUACUGUUGCCCUGAAAUUUUCACCAUGCGCCAGCAGGACAUAAACGACACUGUCAGGCUUCUCAAGGAGAAGUGCCUUUUCACGGUACAGCAAGUCACCAAGAUUUUGCACAGUUGCCCCUCUGUUCUUCGAGAGGACCUGGGUCAACUGGAAUACAAGUUUCAGUAUGCAUACUUCAGGAUGGGAAUUAAGCAUCCAGACAUUGUAAAGAGUGAGUACUUGCAGUAUUCACUAACCAAGAUUAAGCAGAGACACAUUUACCUGGAGCGCCUGGGACGGUACCAAACCCCUGAUAAGAAGGGGCAGACACAGAUCCCUAACCCAUUGCUCAAGGACAUUCUCAGAGUUUCAGAAGCUGAGUUUUUGGCCAGGACAGCCUGUACUUCUGUUGAGGAGUUUGAAGUUUUUAAGAAGCUCCUGGCUCGGGAGGAGGAGGAGUCUGAGAGCAGCACAUCUGAUGACAAAAGAGCAAGUCUGGAUGAGGAUGAGGAUGACAAUGAUGAUGAGGACGACGACGAGGAGGAACAGCUGUGAUGGAACGACUAGAGCGAAAGGGCCCAGAGAUAUCAAGGAAGCUUUUCAUUCUCUUAAAGCUUUUGGGUCCUUUACUUGAAUCUUCUCAAGUUAUUUUUUAUUCUAAAACUGGUCUCCUGAUGACAAAAAUUAUAAGUCACCUGAGAGGCAGACAGAUCAAACCAAACAGGAAACAGGAAAUGCAUGUUUGAUCUGUUGUCACGUGUCUGUGGGGAGGGCCCUGUCCCAUCCUGAAUAAGAUACUUAUGUUGAGCUAUUCAAAUCAAGGGGACUCAAUAUAUCAACAAUUGGUUUUAUUUUUUUCUCUUUUGAAUAUGUUGGUGAUAAUUCCGUGACAGUUGGAAGAUGGGGUUCGUUCUUCCGGUUCAGGAAUCACUAUGUAUUUCCUUCUUGUGAUAAAAAUAAAAUUACGAGAAGGCAAUGUGA